AGAAACUAUUAGAAUUACUUCCCCUCCUUCCGUGUAGAAAAAGACUGUCAAGCUUCUUCUUCUUCUUCCAAAUUUAGAUUCCAGUGCAUUAGGCUCUGCUCUGCUCUACUGUUCCUUUUUAUCCUACUGCUAGAAUAUCUAGAUAUAUUUACCCAGCCGUCUGCAACUUUUGAUAAUAAGACAUAGUAUCAACCAAUUUGUCUCUCCAUAUUCGUAAACCCCAAAAGUUUCCCGCCAAAACAGGAACAAUCAUGAAUCGUGGGCCACCUCAUGCCACCGGCGGUUAUUCUGCACCCAGAAGAGGGCAAUCGUCUCGUUCCGCCGGUCAUCGCAACCCACAUAUAACUGGUGGAGAUGGGGCUUUCUCUGAUGACUCCAUCUACAAUAGGGGUGGAUUAGCACGUGGCGGAAGAGGAUCUGCGCACUACCAGUCUUCGCCUGCUAGCUUUCACAGGCGUUCUACUUAUAGACCCACCCCAGUUUUUGAGUAUCGGGUGAAGAAGCCAUCGAGAGAUGAAUCGUGUCAAACAGAACAAGUCCACCAGGAUCAAAGUGCUUUUAAUGACAUUGGUAGCAGGCCAAAACAAUCCGAGUCUUCAGAUUCUGCCCCUGAGAGUGAUUCUUCGUUGUUGCCUGCUUGUUUGAGUUCUCAUGGUACCCCACUUGAUGUCUCAAAAAUGCGGGUUGAACAAGCACUUGUAAAGAGAGUGGGCAAAGCAAAUAUUAUCUGCCUGCAGAAUGUGUCUCAGCCACCCUUGCACUCUGGUGCUAAAGACCAAUCAUUGCAAGAACAUUUUUCAAAAAGGACUGAACCUACUGGGGAUUCAGGAAGUUCAGAGAAUCAGCCAGUCAUUGAGCCUUUUGACAUUUGUCUGCCCAAGAAUCGACCUUUUGUAGUACUAAAAUCUACUCUGUUUGACAUAAAUAGGGGAAAACGCAAUGAGAUCAAGCACGCUUCUGAAAAACAGGGAAAAAUAUUGGAACCAGGGAUGGUUCUUCUGAAAGGUUUCUUGUCCAUAGAUGAUCAGGUUAGAAUAGUAAAUAAAUGCCGAAACCUUGGGUUGGGUCCUGGCGGCUUCUACCAACCCGGUUACCGUGGCGGUGCAAAAUUGCGUCUGAAAAUGAUGUGCCUUGGUAGGAAUUGGGACCCGGAUACAAGUUCUUAUGAAGAACUUCGAUCAAUUGAUGGUGCUGCAGCGCCCAUUAUUCCUGAUGAAUUUUGUGAGUUGGUUAAGAAAGCUAUGAAGGAUUCCAUCGCUCUUUCGCAAAGAAAUAAUAAAGCAACCAGUGCAGAAGAUAUUCUUCCAGGGAUGACACCCGACAUCUGUGUUGUAAAUUUUUACUCAACAAGUGGGCGGCUUGGUCUCCAUCAGGAUAAAGAUGAAAGUGAAGGAAGUCUUAGAAAAGGAUUACCUGUGGUUUCUUUUUCGAUUGGAGAUGCAGGAGAAUUUCUCUAUGGUGAUACUAGAGAUGAAAAGGAUGCUAAGAAGGUUUUACUGGAGUCAGGAGAUGUUCUAAUAUUUGGUGGGAAGUCUAGACAUAUAUUUCACGGUGUGCGUUCAGUUCAUAUUAACACUGCACCGAAGUCUCUACUUGAAGAAUCAGAUCUUCGUGCAGGGCGUCUAAAUCUGACUUUCAGACAGUAUUGAAAUCUUGGAUAUGCUUGAAGAUGUUUCAAGUAACUGUAAAUAUAUUCUUUUUGGUUUUCCUCCCCAUUUCUUUGCGAGGCAUCAAAUACUCAUGCAGUGUCUAAAGGAGCACUGGUUUUUUUGGCUAGCAUGUACAACAGUAUCACAAGAUUGUGUUGCAGUGGUAUUAAAAUAGACCUUGAUGUAAGCUGUUGAAUGCUUUGAGUAUCAAGUGGAGGUUAUUAUUAUUAUAAUUAUUAUUAUUAUUAUUAUUAACAAUUUACAA